GCAGUGACACAGAGAGUCGUGCUCGUAGUUUAUCCGUCACGAGUUAUUUAUUGAAAGCAUUGUGCGGUUUUAGGUUGUCGGCUCGUCUCCUCACUUGGUUGCCACAACUGAGGCAGUGCUUGGCAUCUGUGUCGUAGGUGGAGAAAGCAGCCAGGACAGGAAUUUUUACUGCACUGCACGGAGAGAUUACACCCCCGGCGGCUGUCGUCCUCCUCCCGGGCCAGUCACACCUCCGAGUAUUAGUUUUUUGCGGACAGACAUGGCCGACACACUGCGGAGACUGACUAAUACUUGCUCCUUCAGCGUCUUACAGGACAAGCUUGAGAGCUGGCACAAAGACUAUCAUGUGAUUUCCUGUGACCAGAACCUAAACAGAUGUUGUGAGCUUAUUGAACUAACAGCCAAGAUCCAGGGCCAACUGUUCGCCAUCCUCAACCUCACGGCCGCUGAGGGUGGACACUAUGCUGGAGUGGACACUCUCAAAACACGUCUUCUGCCAUGGCUUGGGACCUGUUUUUCAAUGGCGAGGUCCUCAGUUACUGACGACACCAGUCUACAGCUCAUCCAGGAGUCAGUAGAGAAGGACAGGAGGAUCAGGGAGCUCUCUGCCUCCCAUGACAGUGACAUGCAGAAGAUGGACACUCAGCUAUGCUCCACUCGCUUGCAGCUGGACUCUGUCAGAGCAGAAUUGUCUGAGACUCAUAAGGAACUGGAUGAGACAAAGAGCAAAUCAGCAACCACUCUGCUGGCCACUGAAGAUGAAAUAUUGCAACUGAAAGCAGAUUUACGAUCCGCACAUGAGCAGAUUGAUAUGUAUAAGAGGAAGCUGGAGACUCUUGAUGAUUAUGAGCGGCAGAUUCGCUUGCUGAGAGAUGAAGUGUCCUACCUGAGCACUGAUAAGGCCAUGCUGCAGGAGAGGUUGGUGAGAAGCCGUUCUCCGAGCCCCUUGCCGAGGCUCAGUCGCUCCUCCAGCCCCAUGAGGAGUGAGUCGCCCACCAGAGCUCAGUUGACCAACUCCUCCCGCUACGCACGCCUCGUGUCACGCUUCAGUGACCUGUAUGCUGUGGAGCGUCUGGAGGCCCAGACUCUGCUUCGACGUUACAUCGCUGACUUAGAGAUGGUCCAGAAAAUCAUCUUCAUUGCUGUUGUGGAAGCCUUUAAGACAGCAAAACUGGCUUACCGUCAGUUCAAGCUGCGUGUGAGAAAGACAUUGUCCUCAUCCCACUUUGGGCUUGAAAGUCUGGAGGAUGCAGCUGUGGACUACAUUGUCAGAAACCUGGACCUCUAUGACGUUCAGGCCAGCAUCAAUGAUGUGAUCAAUGCCAUGAACGUGAACCCUCGGAUCUCUUUCCCGCCAGAGGUGGACUUUGUCCUCAUCAGUGCCUUAAUCAGGGAGACAUGCAGGGUGGCCUUUGCCAUGCAGACACUGGACCCCCCGCUUGACUUGGCCUUUUCCAGUGAUGGAGAACUUUACAUUGACAACAAGUAUCGUCGCAGCUAUGACUCUGAGUUCACGGCUCCUCUGGUCAUGUACCAUGUGUGGCCAGCCUUGGUGGAAGGAGAUGCUGUGGUAGUGAAGGGCGAGGCUGUGACUAGAAGGGGUGCUCAGUGGAGUAGAAGCCGGAGCAGGAGUGUUAGCCCUGUGCGCUCUCGCUCUCUCAGCCCAACUCGCAGUCUUGCAUUUAACAGCAAAAGAAGCCUGUCUCCUGAACGCCUCAGAGCUAGCCAUCUGUGAACUCUGGCCUCUCUGUCAACAUGACAAGAAUUUACACCUUUACUUGAUGUCAAUGAAAUAAAGUUUUUUAUUUCUGAUUACACAUGUAUGGUUACACUUAUGCUUCCACCAAAUAAAGCAAUGAAAUCCUUAGAUAUUGUACCAGCCAAGGGCUGCUCAGAGUUUACAUUGUUGGAGGGUAGUUGAAAUUGACAGUAACUAGAGGUCAGUACAUUAUAUUGAUAAAGCAAAUAUAGAUUACUGAACAGUCAUCUUAGUUUGUUAUAUUUACUCUUACAUAGAUGAUACUAACAGUAUUUUCAACCCUGCCUCCUGAAAAUGAUGUUCAAACAACUAAGCUGUAUUCUCAAUUAUGUUUUAUGGAAAACACAUUUGUUUUUAUCACAAAAACUAAUACAUUUUCAUGUAAGGGGGAGGUCAGGUGGAUGGAUCCGUCAAACAACAUCUUUUAACCUAAGCCAUAUUUUUUUCCUAAACCUUACCAAGUACCCAGCCCUGAAAUUCAAGGUGAAACUUUUUUUACGUCCAAGAUAAAACUUAGGUUUUGGCCAACAAUGCCCAGAAAUGUCUUUUUCACCUUACCUUUCAGGGCUUCCGUAUCCAUGUGUUAAAACUGUGACUGUAAUCUGGGAGAAUAUACGUGUUCCUGAAAAUGUAAUUGAGAGUUCAGUUUUUUUGUAUGGGAAUGCAAUUUUUGGGGAGCAGGGUAGGUAUUUUUAGUGAUAAUCAGAAACUUAAAAGUGCAUUUUUCAGGGGAAAUCUAGACCUGCACAGUAGCACUUUCAUAGUCUGACCACUAGCUGUAGAAAACAUAUUAAACCUUUACUUCACUCUUUUAUUUUUAGCAAAAUGUCUAUGUAUCAGAAUAAUUUAGGCGUAUUGUUGGACAACAAUAUGGUGCUAAUGAUAAGUGCUAAUUCCAACUCCUCCAGUACUUGAGUGACAUUGGUCAUUGUGAUUUUUAGUGUCAGUGGUUGCUGUGAUUUUAUUUUUUGGUGCUGUUGUUUUGUAUUCUGGAUAUCUCUUUGACAUAAAAUAAGGUUUAGGAACAUUUAACGUGACAUGUUUAUGACCUGAAUACCUUUAGAUGGUUUUGCUUUUUACAUUCAAAAUAUUUUUUUAAUCACAUAUUUUCAUACUGUUAUUGUGUACAAGAAUAGCACCACUAGCUAUUUGCAGAAAUGUCUGUAUGCAUUCAAUAUGACUUCAAUAUGUUCUAUUUAUUUUAUUUUUCCAGCUUAAUGUACAGUACUGUGCAAAAGUCUUGAGCAGGUGUGAAAAAAAUGCCUGAAGGAAUGAUGCUGGUUUGAAGGCAAAGGCAGGUCACACCAAAUAUUGAUUUGACUUAGGUUUUUCUUCUGUUCACUCACUUUGCAUUUUGUUAAUUGAUAAAAAUUAAACUAUUAACAUUUCAACUUUUAAAAGCAUUCUUAUUUUACAGCAUUUUUUCACACCUGCUUAAGACUUUUACACAGUACUGUACACCAUCACUUACAUAGUCAACAAUAGUACUGUACUUCUUGAAUUUACAAAAUGAUAGCGUGUAGGAUGAAUUUGUGUUGUGUGAUGAAUAUAUUAUUUUUCUGUGCCUUUUAUGGUUGCUUUUUAAAGAAUAAAUGACAGAACUUUAGUGU